AUGUCUGUAAUGUACUCUGACACUGAUGUCUAUGACGUCAUUACUGUUUUAGGGAAAGGAACAUUUGGAGAAGUGGCAAAAUGUUGGAAAAGGGGCUCCAGCCACUUUGUGGCCAUAAAGAUCAUCAAGAACUACACCUUCCGGAAAGGAGUCAUCAAGUGCGAGUUAAAAAUGCUGCGAAUGCUGGGAACUGUCAAUUCGGACAAGUUCCACAUUGUCCGUUUUUUUGAGUCCUUUAAUGAUGACACCAAGUUGUGCCUGGUGUUCGAACUCCUGGAGCAGAGUUUAUAUGAGUAUCAGAGGGAAAACAAUUUUGUCCCUCUGCCAACCAAGCACAUUCGGUCGAUCACCAAACAGGUUCUAAUUGCUCUGCAGAAACUGAAGGAGCUCUCUAUUGUCCACACGGACAUCAAACCUGAAAAUAUCAUGCUUGUUGAACAGGCUCAAUUUCCUUUCAAAGUCAAGGUGAUUGAUUUUGGUUCAGCCUGUGUAUUGUCUGAAAUUCAGCAAAUUAAAGAACCAUACAUUCAGUCGAGAUUUUACCGAUCCCCUGAGAUCUUGCUGGGAUUACCAUUCUGCGAAAAGUUGGACAUGUGGUCCCUUGGCUGUGUUAUUGCGGAGCUGCACCUGGGCUGGCCCAUCUACCCUGGCACAAAUGAGUAUGACCAGAUCAGGUAUAUUGUUGAAACCCAGGGGCUCCCGAGUGACCACCUGUUGGAGGUAGCCAGAAAAACCCACCAUUUCUUCAAAAAAGCUCGUCAACUUAAUUCCACCUACCAGUGGACACUGAAAACAGUGGACGAAUAUCAAGCAGAGACCAUGCUACAGCCACUGGAGACCAGAACAAGAAGCAUCCAUUCACUUGACCAGCUUGCAACCAUCAACCAGAGCAAAACUGUGUUCCCAGACAAGGAGCUCAAAGCUGAAUUAUUUGAUCAGAUGGCCAUGGUGUCACUCAUAAAGAAGAUUCUCACCUACGACCCAGGGCAACGUCCUGCCCCUAAUGUCGCCUUAAAGCAUCCUUUUAUCACCAUGAAAAAGCUCAAAUCCAAAUACAAACAUACCAUGUAUUACCAGGCGUCAAGACAAGCUCUCUGUGCAGCUCUACGCUACGAUGAAUGUCCAAAUGAAAAGGAGGCUCUGUGCUGUCAUCGACUCAAACAGAGUUGUCACUUCAGUAGUGAGUCAUACCCACAGGUCCAUAGGCAUCAAAAGCCUCAAGUCGCCAAUCAGCAGGUAGAUACUGAUGACUUGGAUGGUACAACUGCCGAUGAUUUCGAGAAACAGGAGGCACAAGACAUGAAAUCUUUUCCGGAAGAGAAGAAGAAUUUGAGCAGUGAUGUGCGGAAGAUAUCGCACUGUCGAUCACGGCAAAACGCCAUUAAGCUGCUGGGGCGAAUGUGGUCCAGACCAAGGAAAUCAGCUCCCACUGAGCAGCCGAAGGAGAGUGUUUCCUCUGUCCCUAUACAGAGAGGGCGGUCAUUAAAACACCAUCAUGGAGAAAGUGGUCUGCUUCUGUCUAAGGAGUGGAGUACGUUAAGUGUUGGCAGCUGGUCUCCCCUUCUCUGUAACAGUGAAAACGCAGCAUCCCUUGGAGUUUCUGAGAAAGAGCAACUCAACUGUAACUCCAGCAAAGCUCAGGAAGGAAAUAGAAACACAACCAUUGGAACUGAGAACCAUUCUGCAGGUGGAAUUGAGAUUGCUGACAAAGCAAAAUGUGAAAUCCAGACGCUGAAAGAUUUCAACAGGCAGGAUAGUGUUGGAAAGCACUUCCUAAAACGAAAGGACCUAAAGCUGGCUGGAUUGCACCCAGGGGAGAGAAUAACUGAGAGGUAGAAUGAGAGGAGAUCACUGCAACACUGCAGGCAGCUCCGAAGGGCUGCUGGUAUUCGAAUGUUAGGAGGACUCCUUGUUAAUAAUCAUUCGUGUCCUGAGGAACUCGCUUUCUGUAUUUUGAUUUCAAAAGCCCCUAGUGUCCAAGAUUUUUUAAAAGAAAGCUGAAGAAUUUGCACUUUUUAUAUAAAAGUAAUCCUUUUCUAUUUAAUGACUAUAUAUAUGUAUGUGUGUUAGUCAUGG